GCCGUAUUUGUUGUCUCUCCACCAUGGUAGCCUUUGUUCACCUUCAUCAUCGGUCGUACAGCCGUCAAAUACCCGGUGGCGACGCUUUACCCAAUAACUAGCAUACAGACGAUAAGUGUGCGGGUCAUAAGAGACUUUGAAAAAUAGAGGGUGUUGGGUGAAUCCCCUUUGUCUUUCUUUUUUUUAAAACUGCUUCAGGGCCAAAAUUUCAUUUGCUGAGCAAAAUUGGAGCCACCCGCCCAUUUGAGAACUUGAAUCUCAGCGUACUCUCCAACGGUUCCCUGACUCUUCAUCAUACCAAGGGGCAUUUCUUUCUUUGCUGAUGCUCUCUCAAUCCAAACAAAUGUCUGGUGAUGUUCGUAAAUCAGCUGGCAAUCUCAGAUACGACGACGUGCCAUCCAUCAAACCUAUCGAUUAUUCCAAAGUCGACUAUAAUCAACCCUCCAACCGAAAUUCAGCCUAUGAUGCUCCUCCUGCCCCUCCUUUACAUGCCAGUAGAGACAGCAGUUAUGGACCUCCCGAAUACCUUGAUAGCGAACCGCCGUCUGACGAAGAAGUAGUCAAGCAUAAGAGCAAACUGCCAUUCUCCAACUUGUUUCAGAAGAAGAAGAAGGACGACGCUAAGCGGUCCGGCGAUAAAAAGACACGGUCUAGAGCCACCAGUAGAGCUUCACAAGGGUCUAGCGAAGCAGAGCUCGCCAUUGCACAGGCCGCAUAUGCUUAUUAUCCCCUUGAUCAAACUCGUGCCAAGCCAUUUGGCGGACCUUCCGAGUAUCAACCGCCACUACCCAUGAAGACGAAUGAGAGUUAUGCUUCGUCUAUGGCCACAUCGUCUGUUCGACCUACCACCCCGGCUAGUGGUGGUCAGGACCUAUUAGAUGCUUCAUAUUCUUCUUUGCCACCCAUAGAGCCGACGCCUCGACACUUGAAGACGAGAUCCAUGCAGGAUCCCGUCCGUUCGUUAGCCGAACUACAACGCGAACUCAAUAUUAAAAAGCAGAUGCUGGACCAGUACCACCAAGAAAAUCGACGACUCGUCAACGAAAAGGAGGCUCUCAAUACCACCCUCGAAAAGCGGGAGGUGGAACGCCUAAAAUUAGUACAGAACUUUGAUGAAUAUUUACAAUCCGUUCGAGCUACUCCCGAUACGCUUGCCACCCUUUAUGAUAGAAUUCAUUCGCUCAAGGCGGUCAUUCACGAUGUAGUGGAAGACCUGGUGGCCAAAGCGGAUCGCAAAACUGCCACCAAAGCGCUGCGAGAUACAUUCUGGGUCAACAUGGAAAGCAGUAUCUCGAAACUCGGCACGCCAUUGAAGCGACGUUAUAUCGCCAUGCUCACCGAGAAAUACAUCAUGGACCAACUUGUAGAAUGUGUUUUCUCUCUCGUCACAUACCCCGGGUUACCCAUUGACCAAGCGUACUCUGACUUGUUCAAUUGGGUGGAACAACAAGAUGAGCCAUUCUCCAUACGACUGCGUCAAGAGAUGGCUCGGGUGGUGGCUUCACGACAAAAGGGAGACGAUACAGAUGCUGUGAUUAAGCAGGAGAAGGAAAGAGUGUUGCGGUUUUUAUGUCGACGUCUGGCUAUAGCCUUUCCGUUCAUUGUUAAUUUCGACAAGGAGGAGGCCGAUGCUCAAAAGAGAUUUGUGGCAAGGUUCCGCCGAAUUGUUGAACAAGCGUUUGCCCUGUCUUUGGCCAUGAAAGGCCAGGAGGUCGAUAUCACCACGGGCCAAAUCAUGGUGGGCGAACAACCGUUCGAUCCCUCCAUCAUGGAAGAAGAAGAAGGCAAGGACUCGGGCACAGUGCGGUUCUGUAUCUACCCACCGUUUAUUGAUCGCACAGGACAGAGACGUUUCCUGGAGAAAGCUAGAGUCUAUUGCGACUGAGAAAUCCCACGUGUUUGUUAACUACCUCCACUUGUACUUUUAGCCUCCUUUUAUUCCCCUGUACCAACACGCAACUUUUUAUGCCUUUUUAUGUUUUGUUGAUGCUGGAGAUUCCAACUAAUUUUUGGUGCUGUUUUGGUACACUUGACUUUUUUUUUUUGGGGCGUUAAGAAUAUAUAAUUUUAUUAUCAACAUGGCAUGAAGCUGUAGAAGAAUUGAACUAAGCUGAGGCUGCUGCUUCAACCAGACAUUACCAAUGAAUGAAUGA